AUGGAACUUACAGAGCUCUCUUUAGCUUCAAACCAAUGUGUUGCUGCUGACAAAAGCUGCAAUAUUAGUUCAUCAUCUGAUCAGCCUGAUUUCAACUUUCCUUCCAAGAGGAGGAAGCUUUUCCCAGAUCACUUGUUCAAUGAUGGAUCACAAAUCCAAACCAUUGUUGAUCUUCAAGUUAAAGACCCGCUACCGCUAGACUGGGAACAAUGCCUUGAUCUUGAAUCAGGUAGAAUGUACUACAUGAACAGGAAAACAUUGAAAAAGACCUGGAACUGGCCUAGAGAUCAGAAGCUAGACCUUGAACUCAACAUCUCGCCGCAUUCGAAUUGCUCCAAACAGUGCAGCAGUUCUACCUCAUUUGAAGACUGUAACAAGCAACAUUCUUCAGGCACUAACAUGGUGGCUUUGGCAUGCUUGAAUUGCCAUCUCCUUGUCAUUCUCUCCAAAUCUUCUCCUGCUUGCCCCAACUGCAAGUAUGUCCACUCUCUUCCUACAAUGCAAGCCCAACCACCAAAAGUUUCAGCCAUCAAGUCUCUGGAUACCUUAAGCCUCUUGAACUAA